GUUGUUGACAGUAGCAGUAGUGGUCACAGCUCAGCUCUCGAACAGCCCGGAUGAACUUGAGCAGCUGACCGGGAAACAGAUAAUCCCCACGGGCUAAAUUUACUCAGAGUGGACGCUACAGGUCGGAGCAGAGCGACGCACUUAUUAUGAACCCGCCAAAGCGCUGUAUUAUUUUUCUGCACUGAAUUUACCUAUAGAAGUGACAGUUUGUGCUGGACAUGGCUGAACCAGCGGAGAAGCGGUUCAAGAGCAGCCUACCGCGGUGCGCAUCUCACCGGAGCUCGAGGGGCCGGGGUGUGCUCACUCUGCAGGCCGCGGUGGAGGAGGCUCUGUGCGGGGUCAGCAGUCUGCUCUUCCACGGCGCCUACAAGCUGCAAGCUGUGGCCAGUGCAUUUGAGCGAGACGACCUUGCUCUCCCUCACUUGGCUCUUUUCUUCCAUCACAUGGUGCAACGGCAACAGGAGGAGGCCCAGGAACUGCUGCGGUACCUGUCCCAGAGAGGGGGCACCUACUGUGGCCCGGACAUACAGAGACCAGACUGUGAGGCUGUGUGCUCCGUGCUGCCUGCCUUAGACCUCCUGGGGCUGCAUCUUAGGGAGGAGGUGGGGGUUCUGGUAGAGCUGAGUAGAAUGUCCCGGGACCAUGGGGACCCUCAGACCCACUCCAUGGUACAAUCCCUCCUUCUGAACCCCCGAGUGGAGCGUCUCAAACAGUUAGGAGACCUGCUGAGCAACGCACGCAGACUGGGGUGCACUAUGGACACAAGGGGGCGCUUUGGGGAGUAUCUUCUCGAUGAAUUGCAAGACGAGCUGAAAGGAUGAAAUAAAUAUUGGUGUCUAAGGCUACAGGAUUUUGGAUAAGCGAUUCGAUUUUCUUUGUGAUAUAUUGUUUAAAAGUAUUUUGUUCAGCUUUCACAUUAUCAUCAACUGUUAAUAUUUGAGAGAAAACUAAUACAAGAAACCCAAGAACUAUAACUAGAAUGGGCAGUUUGUGAAGAUUUAGUUUUCAGUAAAAAAAUGACUCCAGAUUUACCACAGUGUAUCAUUAGCACAGAUCUGUAAUAGAUGAAUGAAUAACAUGUAAUCGUUAUUUAUGAAUGAAUGAUGAACAUGCUGUCAAUAAGAUGUAAUGCUUAAUCCAUACUGGUUAUGCGUUAUGUCACAGUAGCACUCAGCCUAUAUGUAGAUCUAAGAAUUUGUGCAAUAAUAAUUUAAGUGUUGUCAAAAUCAUUCCACUUUCAAGAUCAGCAUUGUUUUAAUGUAACUGUUUUUAUUUUAUU